AUGGCAGCUAAGCUACUUCUCUCCCCCCUCUCUCACAAUCCUUCGAAAUUCAAAGCCAGAGACUCAAUUCACGGCCAACCACGGCUGGGACGCUCUCAAAUUCCGGCAAGGCCCAGGACCCUCGUGAUUCGAGCCUCCUCCCUCCAUGAUACUCUCACAUCUACCUCUUCAGCUCUUGUCCAUCAUCUCCACCACAACCCAUCAUCGUUGUUUUUUAUGGCAGACGGCGUAGGCUAUUCAUUUGCCAGCUACUACACCUCUUUGGGUCUCUUUGUUAUCUCUCUGCCUGGCCUCUGGUCCCUCAUCAAGCGUUCUGUUAAAUCCAAGGUAGUGCAGAAGACGUAUAUAAUGGAAGGGGAAGGCAAGAAUGUGGCCAAUCAGGUGGCAGGAGAAAUUCUUUCUUUCUUCACUCGCAACAAUUUUGUGGUGUUGGAUAGAGGAGAUACCAUAACGUUUGAAGGCAUGAUGAUUCCAAGCCGAGGCCAAGCAGCAUUGCUCACUUUCUGCACAUGCAUAAGCCUAGCAAGUGUCGCUCUUGUUCUUACCAUAACACUUCCAGAUGCGGGCAACAAUUGGUUCUGGCUAACCAUUCUAAGUCCUCUGGCCGGAGUAUAUUAUUGGAAAAGAGCAUCACGGAAGGAGCAGAUCAAGGUCAAGAUCAUGGUGGCAGAUGAUGGAACCCUGUCUGAGAUUGUUGUUCAAGGAGACGACCAGCAAGUAGAGCAAAUGAGAAAGGAGCUUCAGCUGAGCGAAAAAGGCAUGGUGUAUGUUAAAGGCCUCUUUGACAGAUGA